GAAUAAUUUUUAUAUGCAUGUAUCUCAGGUUUUUGGCGAUAUUCGUUAUCUCUAUGGGUCUUUUCCCAUUCGUGGGAACAUAUUGCAAUAGUAGCCUACAGCCAGGGAAGGGAAAUUUCCUCGCCUGAUGCGGAGGUUUGAGGGUGGUGGUGGUUCUAGGCAAUGGGGCGGAGUCGAGGAACCCAGACAUGAAAGGAAAAUGGCGACGCUCGUGUUGGAUAACGGCGCUUAUAAUGCGAAGAUCGGGUACAGCCAUGCUCAUGUCAGUGUCAUUCCCAAUUGUCAGUUCAGAUCAAAGACUGCUCGUUUGAAAACAUUUACAGCUAACCAAUUGGAUGAAAUUAAAGAUCCAUCUGGACUUUUUUAUAUUCUCCCUUUUCAGAAGGGAUACUUGGUUAACUGGGAUGUUCAGAGACAAGUAUGGGAUAAUCUUUUUGGAAAAGAAAUGUAUCAGGUAGAUUUUAUUGAUACGAACAUAAUCAUCACAGAACCUUAUUUCAACUUUAGCUCAAUUCAAGAGUCUAUGAAUGAAAUAUUAUUUGAAGAAUACCAAUUCCAAGCAGUUCUCAGAGUAAAUGCUGGAGCUCUUAGUGCCCAUAGAUACUUCCGAGAUAACCCAUCAGAAUUGUGUUGUAUUAUUGUGGAUAGUGGAUAUUCUUUUACACACAUUGUGCCUUACUGUAGAAGUAAAAAGAAGAAGGAAGCAAUAAUAAGAAUUAAUGUUGGAGGAAAACUCUUAACCAAUCAUUUAAAGGAAAUAAUCUCUUACAGGCAGCUCCAUGUUAUGGAUGAAACUCAUGUGAUUAAUCAAGUGAAAGAAGAUGUAUGUUAUGUUUCACAAGACUUUUUCAAGGAUAUGGAGAUUGCCAAGUUGAAAGAAGAAAAUACAGUGAUGUUGGACUAUGUUUUACCAGACUUCAGCACAAUAAAAAAGGGAUUUUGUAAGCCAAGAGAAGAAAUGGUGUUAAGUGGAAAGUACAAAACUGGUGAACAAAUACUUCGUCUUACAAAUGAGCGAUUUGCAGUUCCAGAAAUACUCCUCCAUCCUUCAGAUAUUGGCAUUCAAGAAAUGGGAAUUCCUGAAGCCAUUGUUUAUUCAAUUCAGAAUUUGCCAGAAGAAAUGCAGCCUCAUUUCUUCAAGAAUAUUGUUUUAACUGGUGGGAAUUCUCUGUUCCCUGGCUUUAGAGAUCGUGUUUAUUCUGAGGUUCGAUGCCUCACUCCAACAGAUUAUGAGGUUUCAGUUGUUCUACCAGAGAAUCCUAUUACUUAUUCCUGGGAAGGUGGAAAGUUGAUUUCUGAAAAUGAUGAUUUCGAAGAUAUGGUAGUAACAAGAGAAGACUAUGAAGAAAACGGGCAUAGCAUAUGUGAAGAAAAAUUUGAUAUUUAAAGUACUUCCAUAUAAGUGUUGUAUAGAUCAGUGAUGGCAAACCUUUUUUGGCUGCCGUGCCAAAAGCAGGGGGAGCACAGGGAGGUUGUACGCCGGUGUGUCACACCUAUAAUGCUAUGUGUGCACCCCUCCAGCCUAUGUGCAUGCACACGAUCAGCAAUCCCACCCGAUUCCUGUUUUUGCAACGUUUCUUCGCUUUCGCCAGGCUCCAGAGGCUUUCUAGGAUCCAGGGGAAGGCGAAAACAGCCUC